CCUUGGGGGCGGGGCCUCAGGGCCCCGCUCCGGGUUGCGUUAAUCCGCGCGGUUCCACCCUUCCGGCCCUGCGUUCCAUCCACCGCCUUCACUUUACGUCCCGCACCGGCUAUUGACGUGACGGUAGCCUCGUUUCCGCGUCUUGUGGUCCCUGCGGAGCCCGAGCCUGCAAUGUCGGGCCCCAACGGGGACCUGGGCAUGCCGGUCGAGGCGGACGCGGAAGGCGAGGAUGACGGCUUCGGGGAAGCAGAAUAUGCUGCCAUCAACUCCAUGCUGGACCAGAUCAAUUCCUGUCUGGACCACCUGGAAGAGAAGAACGACCACCUCCACGCCCGCCUCCAGGAGCUGCUGGAGUCCAACCGGCAGACGCGCCUGGAGUUCCAGCAGCAGCUGGGGGAGACCCCCAGCGAUGCCAGCCCUUAGACUCCAGGAGCCCCAAACCAAGCCCCAAUCCUGCCUCCCUGGGCUCGGCUCUAGCCUGGGCACUCACCACCUGACUUAGAUACCUUCUCAAGGGCUGGCGUACAGGUCCUCUGGUGGCCCUGACUGCCUGAGCCACUCUUCAGGGACUCCCCUUGGCGUGUCUGGGCCGACCCCCAACACCCGGCCUUCCCUCCUGGGCCAGGUGUGGGCCGGCCACCGCCCGCCUGCCUGCCUGCCCAGCUCCUGGGCACUCUCCACUCUGCCUAGGCCUUGAAUGUCCGUAUUAAACUGGUUUCCAACA